AUGGAGUUCUCAGAAGCUUACGAACUUAACAGAAUGCUCAAAUUAUCAAAAAACCCUCUACGCAUCGACACAGCCCGCAAAGACUCUAGUGACAAAAACGGAGAAUUCAACUCAAGCAUCGAAAAUGAUUUAUUUUAUUCACCACCAAAUACACCACCAACUGAUCCAAAUCCGACAAAUACAAAACAAGCGAAAGAUAACGACCGAAAAACCCACCCGCAAUCGCCUACAAUUACUAAUGCCGACUCACCAAUUGAAAUUGAGCCAGAUUAUUCAUAUAAAACUGAAUCAUUAGCUGGCUCGAGGAAGCAGUCAAGUUUGACAAAAUCUCUUAUGCGGACUGACCUAGGAAGAGAAGACGUGCUAAGUCCGGAUACGACUCAAAUGAAUAUUUUCUUGUUUUCAACAAAGACUAAUCUCUGAGUAACUUUGCCUAAAAAUGCCACUGGUGAACAAUUAAUUGCAAAAAUUAUUUCACUCUACAGCCGAUGUGGAAAACAAAUCGAGUUUCCAUUACCCAAUGGAAAUGUACCUGAAGCGUAUGAAUUGUAUAUGGUGGAUGAUGACACAAAUUUGCCAGAAUUUGAUUUACUGAUUGAUAGAAAGAAAAAAAUAAGGGAUUUAGGGGUAGAGACACUAGCGUUUUGUGCAAUAGAAAACUAUUUAGUAGUGGAUAAAAAAGUUGAGGUAAAAGAGCCUGAAGCGGUUGAAGAAGGCGAUGGGAUAUACCCUAUAGCCUCAGUAAAACAAAAAUAAAUAGCAUUUAAAGUAAAAGCUCAUUUAUAUAUAAAAUAAUAAAUUUGAAAAUUGACUUUGAUGGACAAGUUAUAAAGAUUCUGACUAACCCAGAAAGUACAUUAAAAGAUGCAUUAAAGGUGGUACAAGAAAAAACUCCAGGAUCAGGCUAUCUGAACCCUGAUGAUUAUCAGUUUAAAAUUUGGGUGAACUUAGAAGAAGCCCUUCAGCAAGAAGAUUGCAUUGUGGAUAUAAAUUUACAAAUCAAGACAAUAGGGACGACAGAGCUAAAAUUAAGGAAAAAGAGUUUUGCGGACUCUCCAACACAUGAGCAUAGACAAACAGCAAGAAGAAUGACACCUAGCUUGAAAGAAGAAUCGAAAUUUGACCCUGAAAUGAAUUUUAUGUCAAAAGCUCAAGCUUGCGCUUACCACGAGUACGCAGUCAUAAAAACCAAUAAGAGAGGAAAGCGACAAAUUCGAGUCCUCGGAAUUGACCAGCUUAGACUAUACAACAUGACACAAUCUGAAGCAAAGAAAAACUUGAAACAAAAAGCUGCUACUAACGCUGAAAAAUCGGUUAUGAGAAAUAAGCUUGUCGGGCUGUUUAGGCAAGUUACACAUCACCCAGAAAUUCCCAUUGCAAACAUACAUAAAGUGGCGCAAGAUGAGAAAAACCUGAGCUGCUUUUAUAUCGAGUACACAGAAGGUAAUGAUAGGAAAACCAAACUAUAUGAAACUGAGAGCUCCAGUAUUGCUUCAGAAGUAAUCGCGAAAAUCUCGAAGCUUAUGACUUUGGUAAGAAUUAUUUAGAACAUUUCUGAUACUUCAAAAGAAGAAAGUAAAUAA